AUUCCUUUUCCAGCAGCAAGCAGCCGGAUCUUCUUCUCCCCACAGACUCCCUCUCUUUCCCUCUCCCUCUCCUUAAAUUCAGAGUCACACACCCACAUUCAUUAACAAGCAAAAAAAAAUUGAAAGAGAAAUGGCGCAAGCUUGGCUCCACUUGUGGCAGAGGCCCAGAACCGCCGCCGUCGAUUGCACCGCCACCACCGAGGCCGAAACCCACAAUGUCGCCGGAGUGAGGACGCCCUGCUGCUGUGGGUGCCUGACGAAGCUGAUAAGGAAGCUGAGGAAGCAAGGGAGGAUGAUGAUACGCGCCGCUGCGGCGGGAUCCAGCCGUCAGCAGACGUUCCAAUGCCGGUACGACCCGCUCAGCUACUCCCUCAACUUCGAACGGAGCCUGCUCGACGACGACGAGGACUACUUCCAGUUCUGCGCCUUCUCCUCCCGAUUCGCCGCCCACCCCAGCAGCAGAAGCUCCGUCGCCGCCGCUACUUAACCGGAGGGAAAUAGGGCAUCUUUCCCCUUUUUUAAGUACUAAUCAUUGAAAUUCAGUAGCAUCUCUGUUUUAUCCCCUUAAUUGGGAUUUUUUUUUUCUUUUCGCACAGAGAGAGAGAGAGAGAGGUAACUGAAGAAUUGUAAGCUCUCUGUAUUUUGAAAUUUCUAUAUAUGACCGGCCAGGAUAGGUUAGUGUAGAUCAAAACCCGGAAAAGAAAGGUGAUUUGAUUAAAUCUUGAGUUAGAGUGACUCUCUUUAGCAGUAGCAGUGGCCAGAAACAGUAGAGUUGGGUCAUGGGUUUCCCUGCAGUUUCACUAAUUUGUGUUUCUUAAAAUAAGAAAGCUUUAUAUACCUU